CCUGUCUCCUCGUUUACAACCUCCACAAUCUCAGAUCCUUUCACUCAUCUCGCAACCCUAGUGUGUUUCUGGUCUUUGUACCUUCUUACUCGCUUUCUCACUCUCUCUUUGAAAAACUGCCCCAUAGCAAACAAGGCCAUUCUUCGACCUUGUUACCCGACUUCAACGGCAGUGGCUGUUUCGAGACGAGUUCUUUGUACUGCUCGUUUCUUUUCUUUGCUUUGCUUUGGUUUUUCCUGAGUGGGUUAAAUUCGAUUUUUGAUUUCUUUUUUCUCUCGCUCUCACCGAUUUUCCUGUACCGCGUUGCUUUUCCUUGAUUAUUGCUUUUUCCUCUGGAACCUUUGGGCUCCCCCUCCAGCGACCAGCGGACAACAAAGCAACCAGCCCCUCGGCUCGCCCUUAUCAAAGGGUUUGUCGGCCACUUUUACCCUUCUGAUUAAUUUCAAAACAACUGCGCCCUCGUGGUGAUGGCACUCAACAUCGCCCACGAGUCGAACGAUCGACCAGCACUCCGGCUGCCCAACCCCCCACCCCUCCUACAUACCCGUUCGGGCAACGAGUCUUUAGAUCGCCCCUCCACGCCUUCUCAGAAUAGCUUUACCAGUCCGAUCCAAACACCGCAGGGAAGUCCCAGCAAAAAUAGGUUCCCCCCGGGCGCCCUGGACCUACCGAAUGUCUUCGAAAAAGCGAUGAAGCUCAACCCCACCUCGCCCAACAAGGGCACCUACGACCACUACAAUCAUCCUAUGUUUGCUCCGAAGGGAUCGGUGGAAGACUUCAGUGAGAGUGUCAUUCGGCAACCCCCAGGUAGUCCCACGCGAAAAGCAAACAAGGAAAACACACCACCAAGUCCGACGCGGUUGACUAAAGACCUCGGUCCAAAUCCCGCUGCAGCUGCGAUCUCCCGUCACCAACCGUAUCAACCACGCGAUGUGGACAGUAUCUCAAGACGGCAGGUUCAGAUGCGGGGGCUGACACCGGAGGAGAUGGAGAAACUACAGAAUCCCCGGGUCAAGCGAUUGGUAAAUGUGACACAGCUCUAUUUCCUCGACCACUAUUUUGACCUGCUCAGUUACGUCCACAAUCGCCAGAAUCGCUAUACUCAAUUUCGAGCCGCCCUCCCGGAACCGCCCGCAACUCCCAUGGAAGACUACGAGCCGGCCCUGCUCAAAUAUUUGGGACGGGAACGGGCCCACCUCCGCAAGCGCCGCACCCGUCUCCGCCAACACGAUUUCCAGAUCCUGACGCAGGUCGGCCAGGGUGGCUAUGGACAGGUGUACUUGGCGCAGAAGAAAGAUACCCGGGAGGUGUGCGCACUGAAGGUUAUGAGCAAGAAGUUACUAUUUAAACUGGAUGAAAUUAGGCAUAUUCUGACCGAGCGCGAUAUCCUGACGGCGGCCAAGAGUGACUGGCUGGUCAAAUUACUCUAUGCUUUCCAGGACGAGGACCAGAUUUACCUUGCGAUGGAAUAUGUGCCCGGUGGAGAUUUCCGCACACUCCUCAACAAUACGGGAGUCCUUCACAACCGUCACGCCCGGUUCUAUAUCAGUGAGAUGUUCAGCUGUAUCGACGCGCUGCAUGCGCUAGGGUACAUCCAUCGUGAUCUGAAGCCAGAGAACUUCCUGAUCGAUUCUACUGGCCACGUUAAGCUGACGGACUUUGGUCUGGCGGCGGGCAUGCUAAAUCCGGGCAAGAUCGAAUCUAUGCGCGUGAAGCUAGAGGAAGUGGGCAACACGCCCGUGCCGUUCGGUCGUCCGAUGGAGCAGCGCACGAUGGCCGAGCGACGCCAGGGAUACCGCACCCUCCGUGACCGCCAGGUCAAUUAUGCAAAGUCCAUCGUGGGAUCGCCUGACUACAUGGCACCGGAGGUAUUGAAAGGUGAGGAGUAUGAUUUCACAGUUGACUACUGGAGCUUGGGGUGCAUGCUCUUCGAGGCCCUGGCUGGAUACCCACCGUUUGCCGGUUCCACCGUGGAUGAGACUUGGCAGAACCUCAAGAACUGGCCGAAGGUGCUCCGGAAACCGGUAUAUGAAGAUCCGAACUACUUCUUGUCACGGCGGACAUGGGACUUGAUCACGAAGCUGGUGGCUUCGAAAGAGAAACGGUUCAAGAAUAUCCAUGAGAUUCACGCACAUGAUUAUUUCGCGGAGGUUGACUUCAAUCGUCUACGCGAGCAGCGUGCGCCGUUUGUGCCCGAACUGGAUUCGGAGACGGACGCGGGCUACUUCGACGAUUUCACCAGCGAAUCGGACAUGGCCAAAUACAAGGAGGUCCAUGACAAGCAACGCGCACUGGAAGAAAUGGCGGAACGAGACGAGAAGAUGAAUAAGGGUCUAUUCGUCGGAUUCACAUUCAGGCAUCGAAAACCAGCGAUGGACGGGGGACGCGGCUCACCGCGUAAACCCAUUGCGACGGAUGGGUCAUUCGGAACGAUGUUCUAGCGCAUAUCUUCCUCUUCAUGUUCUUUUUUCCCCUUCCUCCUUACUGGCACGGUACGAGCUGGAUCUCGAAACGACCAUGACUAGGUUUGAUGAGCGAGUAUACGUUUAAUGUUCAUGUCUGACUGUAUGC